AUGGUUCAAGGCAUCGGCCGAAGCAUCGUCGAAAGUAUCACACGACCCGCCAUGUCUGGUGGGAAGCGCAAGUUUGGUCUUCCAUCCUGUGCUCGUUGUGAUGGGGACAAGUACCGUCGGUCCACGUUGGAUGCCAUUAGCUCCAAGAAUGUUGACGACAUCGUAUUGACAUUUGACGAAGGGUCGCUGCCUGCUUGCUCGGCAGUGCUGCGGAUGUGCUCGCCUGUCUUUGAGCGGAUGUUUGCGUCCCAAAUGCUGGAAGCUCGACAGAAGCGCGUUGCUGUGAGUGUGGCCACGCGCGAUGACUUUCAGGUUUUCUACAACUUACUAAUGCCUGGAGACUUACGCACCGACGAGAUCACACUGCAUAAUGUGGAUGCUCUGCUUAUCCUCAGUCACUACUACGAGGUUCACUUCGUCAAGCUGGCAUGUGAAGAUUUUCUUCUUCAGGGCCACGUCACAACCGAACGACUCCUGCAAGCCCACAAGUACGAUCUUAAGAGGCAGUACCUGCGCUGCGUGAAGGAGCUUGCGAAGCCUGCCAAACCAAUGACAAGAAACGAGAUGGAAAACAUCUCCAAGGCGUCGCCCGACAUGCUAGUAGAUUUGGCGUUCGAAAUGCGCGUACAACUGAACAACGAGUACUGA